AGGGGGCGGUGUCAAACCUGGAGGAUUUGUCACGUAUCCUCCGCUUCCGACGAGGAAACCACAGCUGGACACUAACCCGGAUGUUUCAAACAACUACUUUACUCAGUCGUUCUGUGUGACUUUUUGUCGUCGCGGUCCAGCUACACGCGCGAAAAUGUCGUGCAUGGACCUGGAGAAGCUGAAGAUGACCGGGGCGGGUCGCGCCAUGGCCGUGUUGACCAGCGGCGGAGAUGCACAAGGUAUGAACGCAGCAGUGCGCGCUGUCACCAGGAUGGGCAUCUAUGUGGGAGCCAAGGUGUAUCUUAUUUACGAGGGGUACCAGGGCUUGGUGGACGGCGGUGAUCACAUCAAACCUGCUCACUGGCACAGCGUCACCAACAUUAUCCAGCUGGGUGGGACCGUGAUCGGCAGCGCUCGCUGCAAAGCCUUCACCACUCGAGAGGGUCGUCUUGCGGCUGCUUUCAACCUUGUGAAAAGGGGAAUCACCAACCUGUGUGUGUGUGGAGGGGACGGCAGCCUGACGGGGGCCAACAUCUUCCGCAGCGAGUGGGGCGACCUGCUGGCUGAGCUCGUCCAGAAAGGCAGAAUCACUGACACUCUGGCUCAGCAGCACACUCACCUCAACAUUGUCGGCCUUGUUGGAUCCAUCGACAACGACUUCUGUGGCACCGACAUGACCAUCGGUGCCGACUCCGCGCUGCACCGCAUCAUGGAGAUCGUCGAUGCCAUCAUGACCACUGCUCAGAGCCACCAGCGAACCUUUGUUCUGGAAGUCAUGGGUCGCCACUGCGGGUACCUGGCUCUGGUGUCGGCUCUGGCUUCAGGAGCCGACUGGCUCUUCAUUCCAGAAGCUCCUCCUCAGGAAGGCUGGGAGGACCGAAUGUGCGACCGUCUGGAGGCGAGUCGCAUUAAUGGCUCCAGACUCAACAUCAUCAUAGUAGCUGAAGGAGCGAUCGACCGAAAUGGAAAAUCAAUCUCCACUAACUACAUUAAAGAAUUGGUGGUGAAAAGACUGGGGUAUGACACCAGAGUGACUGUGUUGGGUCACGUGCAACGAGGAGGAACACCGUCCGCCUUCGACCGAAUACUGAGCUGUAAGUUAGGCGUGGAGGCGGUGGUGGCCCUGAUGGAGGCCUCUCCAGACACGCCAGCCUGCGUCAUCGGCCUCUCAGGCAACCAAGCAGUUCGCCUGCCUCUCAUGGAGUGCGUGGAGAUGACCAAGUUGGUGCAGACGGCCAUGAAUGAGAAGAGGUUUGACGAAGCCAUUAAGCUUCGUGGAGGGAGUUUUGAGAACAACUGGAAAAUCUACCGUCAGUUGGCCUUCCAGAAACCGUCCCAGUCUGAGAGCAACCUUUCAAUAGCGAUCCUGAACGUGGGCGCUCCGGCGGCAGGGAUGAACUCGGCGGUGAGGUCUGCUGUCCGCGUGGCGCUGGCUGAUGGGCACAAGGUCUACGCUGUGCACAACGGCUUCCAGGGACUGGCCAACGAAGACAUGUUUGUGAUGGAGUGGCACGAUGUGGCGGGAUGGACGGGCCAGGGCGGCUCACGGCUGGGAACCAAGCGGACCCUCCCGAGCAAGUGCAUGGAGAAGAUCGUAAACACUAUCGGCAAGUUGAAGAUUUCCGCUCUGCUCGUCAUCGGAGGAUUCGAGGGUUACUUUGGAGUGCUGCAGCUGUUCGAGGCGCGGAGCCAGUACGAGGAGCUCUGCAUCCCGAUGUGUGUGAUCCCAGCUACGAUCAGCAACAACGUGCCGGGCACUGACUUCAGCCUGGGAGCAGACACGGCCGUCAAUGCCGCCAUGGAGGGCUGUGACAAGAUCAAGCAGUCGGCCACAGGGACGAAGAGACGGGUGUUUGUUGUGGAGACUAUGGGGGGCUUCUGUGGCUACCUGGCGACAUGCACCGGCAUCUCUGUGGGUGCAGACGCCGCCUACAUCUUCGAAGACCCCUUCAACAUCCACGACCUGAAGACUAACGUGGAGCAUUUGACUGAGAAGAUGAAGAAGGACAUCCAGAGAGGACUGGUUCUGAGGAAUGAAAAAUGCCACGAGCACUACACAACCGAUUUCAUACACAAGCUGUACUCCUCAGAGGGGAAGGGGGUUUUUGACUGUCGGGUCAACGUGUUGGGACACCUGCAGCAGGGUGGAGCUCCGUCUCCCUUCGAUCGAAACUUUGGUACCAAGCUGGGGGUGAAAGCCAUCCAGUGGCUGUCGGAGAAGAUGACUGAAAGCUACCGACAAGAUCGAGUGUUCACCAACUCCGCAGCAUCGGCCUGCGUCAUGGGCCUCAACAGGAAGGUCGUCUCCUUCACCCCUGUCACUGAGCUGAAGGAGGUGACUGAUUUUGAACACCGGAUGCCAAAAGUUCAGUGGUGGAUCAACCUGCGGCCUCUGCUCAAGAUGUUGGCCCGGUAUCAGACCAGCUUCUGCGAAUACGUCCCUGGAGAGAUCGAGCAUGUGACGCGCCGCUCGCUGAGUGUCGACGCUGGGUUCUAAUCUCAGUGUUGUUCAAACCUUCUGCAGUAGAACCAGAAAAUAACCUUAGAAUAAGCACUGAAAUGUUGGCCAACUGCACUUAUAACUACUUACUUACAUGUGGACAGACUACUGUUAGAGACAGAUACGCAGACUGGCAAAUUAAAUGUUUAUUUUCCUCAACAAACCAAGCAAAUUUCUUGAAUGUAACUGUAAUAAUGUGUAAAUUAGAGAAGUUCUAUGAUGUAAUGCGCUACCCUUGUAUUGAACAGAAAGUGUAAUAUAAAUCUCUGAACAUUAAUGCGGCUCUUUUACAAUAAAAGACUG